CCAAGCUGGUUCGAAUCCACGCUGCUAGCCCGCCGCCUCCUCGCGCUCUCCCCAACGGGCACGGCCUCCACAAUCUUCCCCUCGCCCUUACCCAAGCACAGCCGUACGCCCGGGGAAGUAGCAGGCCACUCGAUAAGUCUAACGGAGUACGUGUCCGACUGCGAGUCCGCCUUAACCCACCCCGGAGGCGAGGGUGAGCGUGAGGGUGAGCGUGACUACGGCCACGGCAACCCGAUCUUCCUAGCCCUCAACAUAGCAACAACCUUCCGCAACACCGCGUCGGGCUCGAACCUCUCGCUGUCCCUCAACUGGUGGGACCACCUCAACGCCACGCGGCCCAUCUUCCCCGGGUUUCCGUUGAGUGCGGCGGGGUUACCCCGCGUUACGCUCCUGGGGGACAUCGAGGUGUUGGAUUUUGGGGAGUUCGAUGAGGGGGCGGAGGGGCGCGUGCGGGAGUGUUAUCUGUCUGUGCAUCCGGAUGCGGAGGCGUGGUUGCCGCAUCGGCGCGGGUCGCCGCAUGCGAGUUUCUGGGCGCGGUUGAAUGUGCGGCAGGUUUAUUGGGUCGGGGGGUUUGGCGGGGUGCAGCGGAUUGGGUGGGUUAAUACUUCUGUUUAUUCGGGGGUGAACUUUUGGGAUGAUGGGGGGUUUGGGCAUCAUGGUGAUCAUGGGGAGUGGGAUACGAGGGGGUGGGGGGCUGUGAGGCUUCCUGGUGAA